AUGGCAGCUAUAAAGGCAGAUGAGAUAAGCCACCAACCAAUGGACCAACUUCAAGGCUUAGAGUACUGUAUAGAUUCAAACCCAUCUUGGGCUGAGACAAUAGCUUUGGGUUUCCAGCAUUACAUUUUGGCCUUAGGAACUGCCGUGAUGAUUCCUUCAUUUCUUGUGCCUGCGAUGGGUGGAAGUGAUGAUGAUAAAGUGAGGGUGGUACAGACCCUGCUUUUUGUUGAAGGAAUUAAUACACUUUUACAGACACUGUUUGGAACCCGAUUACCAACAGUGGUAGGAGGAUCAUAUGCUUUCAUGGUCCCCGUUGUAUCGAUAAUUCGUGAUCCUUCUUUUGCAAUGAUAGAGGACCCACAUUUGAGAUUUCUUAGCACUAUGAGAGCAGUCCAAGGUGCACUAAUAGUAGCAUCAAGCAUACAAAUUAUUUUGGGAUUUAGUCAAAUAUGGGCUAUCUGUUCUAGGUUUUUCAGCCCACUUGGAAUGGUUCCAGUAAUUGCGUUAGUUGGUUUUGGCUUAUUUGACAGAGGCUUCCUUGUGGUGGGGACUUGCGUUGAAAUUGGAAUUCCCAUGCUAAUCCUGUUUAUAGCAUUCUCUCAGUACUUGAAAAAUUUUCACAUAAGACAAAUACCAAUACUAGAGCGAUUUGCAUUACUCAUAUCAACUACAGUGAUAUGGGCAUAUGCACAUUUGUUAACAGCAAGUGGAGCAUACAAACACCGCCCAGAAUUAACCCAACAUAGUUGCAGGACAGACAGGGCCAAUCUUAUUUCUUCUGCUCCAUGGAUAAAGAUUCCAUACCCUCUUGAGUGGGGUGCUCCUACAUUUGAUGCUGGCCAUGCUUUUGGAAUGAUGGCUGCUGUGUUAGUCUCAUUAGUUGAGUCAACUGGAGCAUACAAAGCUGCAUCACGCCUAGCAAGUGCCACACCGCCUCCUGCUCAUGUCCUCAGUCGUGGUAUUGGUUGGCAGGGAAUUGGAAUCUUGCUGAAUGGCCUUUUUGGAACACUGACUGGUUCAACAGUUUCUGUAGAGAAUGUGGGGCUUCUAGGAAGCAAUCGCAUUGGCAGUAGAAGGGUCAUUCAAGUUUCGGCUGGCUUUAUGAUAUUCUUUUCAAUGCUAGGAAAAUUUGGAGCUUUAUUUGCAUCAAUACCAUUCCCCAUUUUUGCUGCUGUGUACUGUGUUUUGUUUGGUCUUGUAGCUUCUGUGGGGCUAUCGUUUUUGCAAUUCACUAACAUGAACUCAAUGAGGAACCUCUUUAUUACUGGUGUUGCACUCUUCUUAGGUUUAUCCAUUCCUGAAUAUUUCAGAGAAUACACUAUAAGGGCCCUUCAUGGUCCUGCUCAUACCAGAGCUGGAUGGUUCAAUGAUUUCCUUAAUACUAUAUUCUUUUCUUCCCCAACUGUUGCAUUGAUUGUUGCUGUGUUUUUGGACAACACCCUUGACUACAAGGAUAGCGCCAAAGAUAGGGGAAUGCCAUGGUGGGCUAAGUUUAGAACAUUUAAAGGAGAUAGCCGGAAUGAAGAGUUCUACACACUCCCUUUCAACCUCAACCGGUUCUUCCCUCCAUCAUAAGAAAAUUCUAUUACACAUGUUAGAGGAAAAGCAUCAUUUCCAGAUAAAAGGGUAUGGGAGUGA